AUGGCGGGUACUCCGGAAUUUGCCGCACCGGAGGUCAUCAAGUACGAGCAAUUAGACUAUCAUACGGAUAUGUGGAGCGUUGGAGUAAUCACUUAUAUUUUAUUAUCCGGGUAUUCUCCGUUUCUGGGAGAAAACUUAUGUGAAACGUAUUGUAAUGUAGAAAAAGGCGUGUGGGACUUUACUGAGGAGUUCGAUUUGGUCAGCAAAGAAGCAAAGGAUUUCAUCUCAAGGCUGAUCGUCUACAAGAAGGAAAAACGAAUGUUACCAAAGGAAUGUUUGGCUCAUCCAUGGAUUGCCAGACAUCGAGCAAAAGCUCGUUGUGAUGCGAUACUUGAAAAACCAGCUGAAGGGCCAGUUAUCGAUAACAAGCAGAUAAUGCGGUAUAAUGCACAGCGAAAACUCAGGGUUAGUCUAAAGUUUCAUAAGAAUAGUAAACUGUUCUGUUGA